UGAUGGUUUGAAAUCAACAUGUUUUUACAUACUUUGUUUUGGGGACCAUUGACUUGGAGAAGAGAUGAUUGUAUUGAUUGAUUAAUACUCCAAAGCAAUUACAACAUAACGUCGCUUUACCAAUUUGGCAUUACCUUUUCACUGCAUUCAUUAUACCUUCCUUCAGUUAGGAUCUCAGUGGAAUUUUGGAUUUGAACAUCGAGAAUACUAUAUGAAUUGAAGACAAUUACCAAUACUUGUAUAACUUAAACGAAAGCUACCGGGAUAUUUUCAACAUGUCUGCUAUACGGAUUGCCCCAACUGUGAGUAUUUGUCUCAGUUCUCACCUUUCCCUUCUAUACCGGAGAUGCCCAUCAUCAACAAGCAGAUAUUCAAUCAUACGACAGUGAUAGAUUGGCUACCAUGCUCUACCCAGUCGACCCCUAUUCCCCUAUUCGUAAUCAAUAACUCCUACCCAAACUAACAGCCUCAACCAGAAAGCCGCUCGGGCAAUGAACCUCCUCCGCACAAUCCAGUACACCCACCCACCUACUUGUCCCUGCCACGGCAAUCCCUCCCACCACCACCACCACAAGCCAAGUUCCAAUCUCCUCAGCCACGCCAAAAGAAACCUUCAAAGAAAUUAUGCUACCCCGAUUGAUACCACCAGACAAAAAGAAUAUGCGUUUGAAAUGGCGGCGAGUAGUAUUAGAUUUGGACCCGGAGUGACCAAGGAGGUAGGCAUGGAUUUUAAGAAUUUGGGCUCGAAGAGGGUGCUGGUGGUUACGGAUCAGGUGGUUAAGGAUUUGGAGGCGAUGAGACAGGUUGUGGAGGGCUUGAAUAGGGAGGGUAUUGAGUUUAGGGUUUUUGAUGCUUGUAGGGUUGAACCGAAGGAUACUUCGUAAGUUUUUUGGGGGUGUUGUUUUGAUUUUUUUUGUGAUUCAUCGAGCUUUUGUCUUCACAUCUUCUGCUGCAGGCGAAGAUGUGGUCUUCAAGUGAAAGGACUGCAAGAAUGACAUAUUGGUGGUAUUUUCGUUGUUUUACGUACUUACGUACUCGAGAUGAAGACAAUUCCUGACAAACAAAACAGCGUCAAAGAAGCAAUUGAGUUUUCUAAAAACUAUCAACCAGAUGCAAUUUUAGCAGUUGGUGGUGGUUCAGUUAUCGACACUGCUAAGCUCAUGAACCUUUAUACCUGCUAUCCAGAUGCCGAUUUUAUGGAUUUCGUCAACGCUCCUCUCGGAAAAGGUAGACCCAUAGAUAAAUCCCUCCUACCACUCAUUGCUGUCCCCACUACAGCAGGAACCGGCUCCGAAACAACUGGCACCGCAAUCUUCGACCUCGUCUCUCACAAGGCCAAAACGGGUAUCGCGCAUCGAAACCUCAAACCCCUCCUCGGUAUAUGCGAUCCCCUUAACACGCGUACCAUGCCCUCGGCCGUACACGCAAGUUCGGGCUUGGACGUCCUCUGUCACAGUUUGGAAAGUUGGACAGCGAUUCCAUAUUUUGAGAGGACGCCGCGUCCUAAGAAUCCCAUUGAGAGACCGGCGUAUCAGGGGGCGAAUCCUAUUAGUGAUAUUUUUUCACUGCAGGCAUUGAAGAGUACGGCGAAGUAUUUGCCGAGGGCGACGAAGGAUCCUGAGGAUCAUGAGGCGCAGAGUGAGAUGUUGCUUGCGGCUACUUUGGCUGGGGUUGGGUUUGGUAAUGCAGGGGUACAUUUGUGUCAUGGUUUGUGAACUGUUUUUCUCUGUUUAUCUUUUCUCCAUUAUUCCUUAUUAAGAGCUGGUGACCCGGUGCGUUUUGUCCGUCGGCUUGGACUGCAGUCCAAAGAUGAAGGGCCCUUGGAGAUUUGUAUUGAUUUUUAAGUCUGAAAGAUCUUGAACUCCACUGCAGCCUGCACUUUUGAACGCAAUGGGUGUUUUGGGAGCUGUACUCUCAACGUUUUCGAACUCAGAUGGAUCAGCAGUGUUACUUUCUGCUUUGAGUCAUGUGCUAACAGUUAUAGGAAUGUCUUAUCCAAUUUCUGGUCAGAAUCCAGGAUAUACGCACCCAGGAUACGUGACCAAAACUCCAAUCAUCCCACAUGGCGUAUCAGUCGCCGUUUCUGCUCCCGCAGUAUUCCGCUUUACCGGUGCAUCUAACCCAGAACGCCAUCUUGCAGCAGCCGAAUGCUUCGGUGUUGAUAUCUCCAAUGUCAAAAAAGAAAGUGCCGGUGCAGUUUUAGCAGAAGCUCUAGAGAAAUUCCUAGAUGAAUUAGGAGACCAACCAAAAGGACUUAAAGAUUUGGGAUUCAAGAGAGAACAUAUUGAUGGAUUGAUUGAAGGUACCAUUCCUCAGAAGAGAGUCUUGAUGUUAGCACCUAAUUUGGCUGAGGAAAUUGGUGAGGAGAGGGAACAGUUAAGAGGACUUUUUGAAGAUGCUAUGGGGCGUUGAUUAAUAAAUGAAUUGACUUUUUUUUUUCGAGUUUUAUAUAUUUUAUUGGGAAGUGAUUUGUUGUAUUCAUGUAUA